AUUGUGCAAGUAUUUCAGCCAUUUUCGCAUAAAAAAACGAUGAAAAAAGUACUUAAUUUUGAGAUCCGGUGCGACCGUUCCCUUGAUGACCAAAAUCAGCUUCCACCAGCCGCCGCCAGAUGCGUUAGUGAAAAUCAAAAUUACACUUGCGAGUACGAUCAAUGUAGCCCGGCCUUUAUAUAUGAGCAACAAACAUUAUUUGGGAAAUGUGACGGCGUUUCUCCAAUGAGUCCAGACCCAACAGCUGGCAUCUUUGCUCAUAGUCCGGUAGGGUAUCUGACGUGAAGCCGGGCAUUUUGCUGACAAUAUACCGAGUAAAUGAUCUCUGCACUCUUUCUAUGCGAUCAAUCGAUCAGUUUGUGCUAAAACGUAGACGGUUUGACAGAUGGAAAGUGUCGCCAAUGAUUGUCGCGGACAGAGAAGCAGUUUAAAGGCCGGGAGACAUUGUCCGUACUCGCUAGUGUAAUUUUUGUGAACGUAGGCGCCAUCUCGCGGCGGCGGGUCGAAGCUAGAGGCUGGUAUAAUUUAUCUGUCAAAAAGCGUUUUGGGUCGAGGAGCCUAUAUGAGCCUAGGAGCCUCUACCCAUUGAUGGAUAGAGGUUGGAAGAUGGGGACUUUGUUGCAAUUUAUGGACGUUUAUCAACAUUUCAAACGGCAUACAAGUAGCCUGGUCGAAACUUGAUGAGACAACAAGUAUGAAUUAUUUUGACACAUACAUUAUAUCGACAUCUAGCUUGCGCUGUAUAAAUUAGAAAUAUAAAUUAGAUACUGAUAUGCCUCAUAACGAGAAGGCUUAUUUUCAAUAACUCCAAGACCAACGAGCAGUCAACAUUCGCAUUUAGAAUUUGUUGGCAGCAUUUUCGAUCCAUAAAAUUAUGAACAAUGAUCAACUCUGACGAAAGAAUAGCUAAUUGCAUUAACUUCAUCUACGAUUUGUUACAUUAACACAAAUUAUUAAUUACAAAUUAAUUACAUAACAAAUGUUAAACGUCUUCCCCAUAUAACAAAUCGUAACGUUUGACGACACCUGCCCCUCUCCUUUCCCCAUUAAGCGUUACGUAAUUGAUGGAUGACGCCUAAUGCGUUUUGAUGUAUGCAUACCACUCUAACAUAUUUUGGCGCUCUCUCUCUCAUUAUUGUUUGCUUAUCAGUAAAAGAUAAGGCCAUCGUACCAAUGCACAGGUGUCACUCAGGGCGUGGAUAGAUUGCGACCUUUUGUUGCUCAGUAAGAUAAUGCGUUCGGAACGUGUAUGUUAGUUGCGAUACACAGUAUUAAAUGCGACCCAAAAUGGUUAGAGAAAUAUCGUACAUUUCCAUCAAAUCCCGUUCUAAACCAGUGAUUUUUGUGCACUCGUUAGUAUCAAAUCGAUUUACGCGAAAAUAUGGCGUAUUGUCUCUUAUUCUGUUGACAGCCCUCGGGCUGCUUUAUUACCGACGAGUUUUGUUUUUCUGUGACGAUUUGCAGCAAAAGUACAUCCAUCAAACACUACCACUGUAUCAGCGUUCCGUAUCCUUAACGUUUGGAAAUGAAAGCUGGUUACAAGGUGAAGAUACAGGAGAACGUGAUCGCUGGCUACCGAUUGGUGAACCGAAAAAAAGGUUUAAAAUAUAUUCAGCUUAUUUUGAUCCCCGGCUUGAGGUGGUUGAGUCCUUCCCUACGCCAGAUGGAUUUCUUCCGUUCGGCAGUGUUCGUAUCUUUGCAAUAUUGCCGUUUCACGUACAAAAAGGAGACAUAUUUUGCAAUUUUAGAUCAGAUAACACCUAUGUAGCGCAACAUCAAGCGGACCGGGUUGAAGCGGUUCAUGAGCAUUGGAAGAUGGAAUUUGCCGCCAGUUAUGUGAUAUGCAAACUUGCCGGAAAUAUUACUAAACGCGAAGCCCGCCUACCGGACGAGGUAGCUUUAAGCUAUCUUUCUGAGCCCAGCAUGCGGGAAGCAACCAGCUUUGUUCGUAUAAAAUACCCUACCACGGACCGACUUCUCCGAUCUGCUCCCACCCGAUCAUUGGCUGUUUGCGUUGGUCCAAUGCAUCACGACUUUGCACAUGCUCUUCGAGUGGUGGAAUUCUUUGAAUAUUACCAAAUGAAUGGAGCAGAACGGUUCUACGUGUAUAACAAAUCGGCUACACCAGAAGUAGACACCGUGUUGCGACACUAUCAAGCCUCUGGGCUGGUACAGGUUUUGGACUGGCAUUUCGAAGGAUACAAGUUCGAGAGCGAGCUGCGCUACGAAGGCAUAUUUGUGGCCCUAAAUGAUUGCUUUUAUCGUGCUACAAUUGCCGGAGGGUUUAAAUACACAGCGAUAGUCGAUUUCGACGAACUGCUAUUUCCGACCAGUGAUAACGAAACGCUUCUGGAGUAUUUGCAAACAAAAGACCGAUACGAUGUGCAUUCGUUCAACUUCCAAGGUGUGUUUUUCUACGACAUCUAUUCGCCUGAUUUCUCAAAGGUUCCACCGUGGGCAAACAAUACUUACCUCUACACACAGGUGCGUAAUGUGCGCACGAAAAACCCUCUUUUACAUCACAACCGCAGCAAAUAUGUGCUGAAGGGUCGCAACGUCCUAGAAGCUGGUAAUCAUUUUGUCUGGAAGGCGGUAAGAGAUACUCACGAAUAUGCCGUACCGGAAAAUGAAGGACUUUUGAUGCAUUAUCGCGAUGGCAGCUUGGGAUACGACUUUGAAAACGUUGUACUAGAUAACCGAGUCCGGGAGCGGUUUGGAGAUGCAAUAUGGCGAAGGGUGAAUGCGCAGUGUGCACUUAUCUUUCCUGAGACGACUAUGUGUCCCCUAGGAGAACACUAUACCCGAACUGCAUCAGUUCGAUAAAACGGCAAAUGCAUUACAAGUGAUUUUUGAGA